GGCAGCGCGGGUGGCCCUCGGACCUGCGGCACCAGAACCGCCCUGGGGGGCGUCGCAGCACAGGGGUGGGGCGGGCUUGAAGAAAUUGUCGGCCGGCCGGUGGCCCUCCCAGUGCCUCGGGCCGUCCCUGCCCCUCCCCCCACCGAGCCAGCGUCCGGGUGAGGUGCCACCAAGUCCCCGCCUCCGCGUUCCCGCGACAGUGCAGAGUUGGGCGGCCGGACCCCGCGGGUCUGCCACCUGCUGGCCGAGCCACCUUGGGUGUGGCCUUCGCCAGGGCCUUGGGGACUCCAGCGGGCUUCCUGGGCUGCAGAGGUGGCAGUCCUAGCAUUUGCUGCCACUGACCUGCUUCCCGCCUCCCUAGGCUCCCGCGCCUCGCCAGGAUGCAGAUAUCGGAGCGUGAGGGCAGUGGGUCAGAAGUGAGCCCCAGUGUGAUGCCGGAGGCUCCCCCCGAGUCUCCACCUGCCCCUACCAAGACACCAGCAUUUGAUCUUUUCAACUUGGUUCUGUCCUACAAGAGGCUGGAGAUCUACCUGGAACCUCUGAAGGAUGCGGGUGAUGGCGUUCGAUACUUGCUCAGGUGGCAGACACCUUUGUGUUCCUUGCUGACCUGCGUGAGCCUCAACAUCUUGUUCCUCACAUUGAAUGAGGGCGCUUGGUACUCGGUGGGGGCCUUGAUGAUUUCAGUGCCUGCCCUGCUGGGCUACCUCCAGGAGGUUUGCCGGGCUCGGCUGCCGGAGUCUGAGCUGAUGCGGAGGAAGUAUCACAGCAUCAGGCAGGAAGACCUGCAGAAAGUUCGCCUUUCCCGCCCUGAGGCCAUGGCGGAGGUGAAGAGCUUCUUGAUUCAGCUGGAGGCCUUUCUGGCCCGCCUGUGCUGUACCUGUGAAGCUGCCUACCGCGUGCUGCACUGGGAGAACCCCGUGGUGUCCUCACAGUUCUAUGGAGCGCUGCUGGGCACAGUUUGCAUGCUGUACCUGCUGCCGCUCUGCUGGGUACUCAUCCUUUUAAAUAGCACGCUCUUUCUGGGGAAUGUGGAGUUCUUCCGAGUGGUGUCUGAGUACAGGGCAUCUCUGCAGCGGCGGAUGAACCCUAACCAGGAGGAGUGUGCCUGUGAGAGCCCGCUACUGUUGGACGCUGGGGGGAAGGCUGCCCUGCUGGACAGCACGCCUGCCCCCACGCCCACUGAGACUCUUUCUUCCCAGGACCUCACGCCGGGCAGUGUGGAGGAGGCUGAGGAGGCAGAGCCAGAUGAAGAAUUCAAAGAUGCCAUUGAGGAGGAUGAUGAAGGUACCCCAUGUCCAGCAGAGGAUGAGCUGGCUCUACAGGACAAUGGAUUCCUGAGCAAGAAUGAGGUGUUGCGCAUCAAGGUGUCACGGCUUACAGAACGGCUGCGGAAGCGCUACCCUACCAACAACUUUGGGAACUGUACAGGCUGCUCUGCCACCUUCUCAGUGCUGAAGAAGCGGCGGAGCUGCAGUAACUGUGGGAACAGCUUCUGCUCUCGGUGCUGCUCCUUCAAGGUGCCCAAGUCCUCCAUGGGGGCCACAGCCCCUGAAGCCCAAAGAGAGACUGUGUUUGUGUGUGCCUCCUGUAAUCAGACCUUGAGCAAGUGAGAAGAGGCCAGGCUCCGCGGGAAGCAGUCCUGGGGCCAAGAGGAGACCCCCUCUCCCCUGUGCUUGUGCUGCGCAGGUGGGCCUGACCACUUAGGAGGCUUCUCCUUCCUUCCCCUGUUUGCAGUGCUGUGCUCAGAGCUGAGGGGAGCUGUCCCUAGAAGCCGUAUUGGCCUUGCUCUGCUCUGGCUCGGUGAAGGGGCCCUGGCUGGUCCCCGGAGUUAGGUCUGGCUCAGCAGAGCUGCUGAUGAGGACCAAUGUGGCCAGGCCUGCAGAUUCCAGGAGACUGGAGCUUGGAAAAAGUUCCUCCCUGCAGAGUGUAGGGCCAGUCCCUCAGCCUCAGAGGACCUGCAAAACAGGGACACAGCAUGGGGAAGCUCCACUGAAGAAUGGACUUGAGGGAUCUCAGCUACAUGGUGCCCUGGUGUCCCCAGCUCCACCUGGGUGGCUGAAGGCCCUCAAAUCACUUGCUUGUUCCCCCUGCCCAAGUGCAGGAAAACCUUCUCCUUUCCCUGUCCUGUGUCCCAUGGAGUGAGGUCAGAUAAGCAGAGCAGAGGUCCAAAGCUCUUUAAGGUCCUGGGAAGUGUGGGAUCUCACUGGGCUGGGCCCUAGGCUCGAGGGCUGUUCCCUGGGGUCCUCUUGGGUCUUCAUCUCCCCACAAUUCUGUAUUUCCUCUGGUUGCUGGCCCUAGCAUCUUUCCCCAAAGCCAUGGGCUGGCUCAGUACCCUCACCCUGCAGCUGCCCUGCCUUCCCACUGUAUUUAUUUAUUUAUUUCGUGGUAUAUGGGAACAUACAGCACAGGGAAUAGGAUGAAGUCGAUGCGGAUCUUCUGCCUAGGCCUCUGCUGGAGUUACAGGUUGCCUGGGACCUCAAGGCAUAAGUGGCUGAGGCAUUUCUGCCCCCAAAGCAUGGACUUAGGCAGUGGGGGGCAGGUGGCCCGCCCUGGCCACGCUAUUUGGUGAAGGCUUGGCAGCUGGGGCCUGAAGGUACCAGGCUUAGGGGAACCAGGCAGGCCUUGGUAGCCCCACUUUGCCUUGCUGGGAGAUGAGGGUUAAGUUUUUUAUGCUUAUUUACACUGGAGAGGAGCGAAAGGAUCUCUGUAUAAAAAAUUAUCAAUAAAAGGCUCCAAGCUU